CCGGCCAGCAGGUGGGGGCCGAGUCCCAGUUCCGGUACGGCACGGCUUCACUCACAAUGGCGGCGGGACGUGGUCGGGCUCUGGGUGGGAGACGGGAGGCGGUAACGUCAGCGGAGCUGCUGAGAGCAGGCAGCGGCCCGGGUGUUAACGAGAAGUUUCUGAUCAAUGGCCCGAGUAGUAGGAGCUCAGUCCGUCCACAGAUUGUGAAGCUCCCAAGGAGUAGCAUGUUGGACAAAUUGCAGCACUUCCUGCCACAGAUAGCCAAAGCUAAUGAGGAGCUCAAGAGACAAAUGGAGACAUCAGAACUGGGUCGCUUCGACAUUGAGAAUAUCGAGGAUUGUCCAGACAAGGUGAUUGAAAUGAAUGUGUCUCUGUUUGAAUUGAAUGGUUCUGAUGAAAGUGGAGAGGAAGAGUUAACAUCUGAAGGCGAGAAUUCUCAAUUCGAGAGCGAAUCAUUUGGAGAAGUAACUGAAGCAAACCUCAAACUACACAGAGUCCCGCGACAAAGGAAAAGUCAAAUAGAAGUUCUGUCAGGUGAUGACACUGAGCUGUAGAACACUGAACAAGAAGGAUUUCACAAUGACUUACCACUCGCCGAACAAAUUCAUCAUGGACAGACUCUUCAACAAACAAACGGCCAGCAGCAAUGCAGUUCUCCCCCUUAUUGAAAUAGACCGCUCCCAUUCCCUGAAGGGGAGCAAAGAGUAAGGAUUACAUGGACUAAUGCUGUAUUCGGUGAACAAGAACUGGGACCAGUCCUCAUUUUCUGAAAGGCUAAGAAGACAGCAGAGUUGGAAUGACUGGGAUAUCUCUGGCAGCACUCACCAUUCUCACAGCCUUGUCAAGGUCACAGUCAUUGAAGAUGAUGAGCGGCGAUUUUCCACCCAGUUCCAAAGAGACCUUUUUCAGAUUACUCACAGCACAGCUGUUAAACAGAUGUUAAAGCUCAGUUAUCAUCAGUCAUCCCUAUCUAGUUUAAUAUUUUUCAACAAUAACCGUCUACUCCUGCAGGAGCCAAUCCCAAUUGAACGCAGAUUCCUGUUACAAUCUCAGUCACACUGCUGAGAGGUGAAGCUGUAUCAGAAAUCUGUGUAUAACUGCUCUUAGGUAGUAAAAAUAAACCUUUACUUCUGCAAA